CCCGUGUAGUGGGUGUGUCGAUGCGGGCCAGUGGCUCCGUGUCUCUCCCUGAACCAGGGACCGAGCAGCGGCUGAGUUCAGAGUGAACCCGCCUCCGAGCAGCGCACUAACCGCGGGAGGGGAAUGGCGGUCUGGACCCGAGCGGACAAGAACGGUCAACUGGACCUUCUGCUCCGGGACCGUUGGAUCCGAGUGUCCGCCGAGCUCACCCGGGAGACGCUGACUCUGACGGCCGAGGCGGAGGUGUCCGGACCGGGGGGGAACCACUGGGACAACUCCUCCGCGGGCCUGCGGAAUGGGAUCUCCAACGGAAACGACCCGGGGACGAGUCCGGGGAACUCUGGCCGCGGUCCGGACCAACUCCAGAGCCAGAACUCCGGGAGCCGGGGGCGAAGCUCCAGCCCAGGACGAGGGGGUGUCAGUCGGGGUCAACACGACGGAAACUACAGCCCCGGGAAGUACCCGAAUAACGGCACAAACUCUAACUUUGGAAGUCCCGGCUCCAGCUACGGCAGUCCCGGGUCCAGCUUCGGGUCGAGGCAGGGAGACUUCCCCGUUAGUCUGGACGGUUCCUCGGAGGCGGUGCGGAAGGUCCGGGUUGUCAAACAGGAGUCUGGCGGGCUGGGGAUCAGUAUCAAGGGGGGGCGAGAGAACCGGAUGCCCAUCCUCAUCUCCAAGAUCUUCCCGGGGCUGGCCGCCGACCAGAGCCGGGCUCUCCGGGUGGGGGACGCGAUCCUGUCGGUGAACGGGAACGACCUCCGGGAGGCGACGCACGACCUGGCGGUGCAGGCGCUGAAGAAGGCGGGGAAAGAGGUGACGCUGGAGGGGAGUCGAUGGAGAUUUCUGACGAGACCAAACAUGCACAAGCUGCACAGACUAACACAGAGGAGGAGCAGUUGUUAAAGAGGGAAAUGAGAUUCUUUUCCAAUCCGCUUGUCGAAUUUAGCCAAAAACUUCUCCUUCGUCCCUCGGGCUCGG